CCCCAGUGCUGGGAUUAAAGGCAUGCACCACCAUGACCAGCUGGAAUCCUCCCUUGAGAGGGAAAGGACUGUAGGAACUUGUCAAAAUUUGAAGAAGGAGUCGGUUUUACUAUAUAUAAACAAAGAUUUAAUUUCUUAAAAAAAGGUUUUGAUAGCAGAUGGUGCAUGUGUAAAGAGUAAUAAUUAGACAGAUCUGAGUCUGCCGUGGAGAGAGCGAAAAGCACUGGGGUGUGUAACAGAAUUCUCCCACAGAACCUGUAUAUCCAGGUCUGACCACGGUGCGUGUGCUCUGGGGGUGGGGGUUUCACGGGUCCCUUCUACAUGCUGUCAGUUGAUAGGUCCCUUCAUCUGCUGAGGACGGUUACCCGCUGAGGACAUCAUCAAAUAUGCAGGCCAAGGUACUGUUGCCUGUGCCUGAGGUGAGGUCAGGCAUCCUGAACUGCGUGGGGUCCACAGGCUCAGGCUCUCUGUCUACAUCCACCUCUCACUAGCUCAAAGUCACCUGCUGGGGGCGCCACCAACGCAUCCAGAACCUAGUCGUCACGUGUCCAGCUUGUGGCCUCACGGGGAGGAGGGGCAAUGUCACAUUUCCUAGUCGGCUGCCCCACCCUCUCCUGCUGGGCUGCGCCUGCGGCUUCAUGGCCGCCCCCACUUCCGGCCCAGGCCCCUUGGGAUCGCUGCUGCUUCUACUCCUGCUGGCUACCCCAACAUGGGUCGCAUCGAUCAGUCACCCACACGCUAAAAGCCAGGAAAAUUCAUUGAGCAGUGACGUGGCCUGUGGACAGCCAGUUCUGCAGGGCAAGAUCGUGGGUGGAAUGCCAGCCCCCUUUCAGAAAUGGCCGUGGCAGGUCAGCCUGCAUUACUCUGGCCUACACGUCUGCGGUGGCUCCAUCCUCAAUGCCUACUGGGUGCUGACAGCAGCACACUGCUUUAACAGGGAGAAGAGGAUUGAGACCUUUGAUGUGUACGUGGGCAUCAGCAACCUCGACAUGGCCACCAGAUACACGCAGUGGUUUGAGCUUAACCAGGUGAUCAUGCACCCCACGCAUGCGCUGUUUCACCCUGCUGGAGGGGACGUGGCGCUCGUGCAGCUGAAGAGCCCCAUCGUCUUCUCCGAUGCCGUGCUCCCAAUUUGCUUGCCGCCUUCCAACCUGAACCUCAGCAAUUUGUCUUGCUGGACCACUGGAUGGGGACUGGCUACCCAGGAAGGUGACAGUGUGAAACAGCUACAGGAAAUCCAGUUGCCACUGAUCCCCAAGCUCCAGUGCCAGCUGCUCUAUGGAUUUACAUCUUACUUCCUGCCAGAAAUGUUCUGUGCUGGGGACAUCAAGAAUGUGAAGAAUGUGUGUGAGGGUGACUCCGGCGGCCCACUGGUAUGUAAGCUGAACCAGACCUGGCUGCAGAUUGGAAUAGUGAGCUGGGGCCGUGGAUGCAUCCAUCCCCUGUACCCAGGGGUGUAUGCCAAUGUCUCCUACUUUUUGAACUGGAUCCGUUAUCAUGUGGAGAACACACCCACUCCUCCUCAGCUGCAUCCCUCCUUCUCUUCAUCCCCAAGAGCCAUCCUCAGCAUUUUUGUGAACAUGCUGGCUAGCCUGUUGGUGUUGUGAGGACAGAGACACCCACCCGCUGGGGCAGCCUGUUCCUAUCCUCUGUAGCUCUCCAACCCUCCCCUAGCCACCUUGUGCCUUGAAGCCAGGACACUUGUCCCAGACUCUAAGUCUGUAAAAGGCUGAGCAAAAGAAAUGGAGAGGGUCAGAGAUGGGCCAGGAGGGAGAGUUGGGGGACAGCUAGGGUGAGCCAAGAUCUUGGGCUCUACCCAGUCAAACUUAUUAAACAUUUGUGAAACAAGUG